AUGGAUACCAUAACGCUACUAAAAUUGUAUAGCGACGAUCUCGCUGCAGCAAUUGAGAGACUUUCAGACGAGACCCGGACUGCCAAAGAACAACAAGACUCAUGCCAAAAGCCACCACCUUAUGCAUGUGAUGGGGCACAAGCAGCCAAAGCGGCGGUAUUGUCAGCCAACGCCAAGAUCAACGCGCUCGUGUGCGGCCCAACUCAGUUCCUUCAGCAUCUAGCAAACCAGACUGAGAUCCUGGCUUGCUUGCGCUGGUUGGGCGAGUUUCAGAUCCUCGCCUGUAUACCCUUGGUUGGAAGCGUCUUGAUCGAGGACGUAGCAAAUCUGACAAACGUGCCCGAGACGCAUCUCAGCAGGAUUAUCAGACUGACAUCGACUGCUGGCUUUCUUGAAGAGCCGGAACCAGGCCACGUAAGCCACACGCCAUUAUCAGCUUCGUUCUUCUUUUCACCCUCGCUGCUUGAUGCGGCCAUGUUUCUAUCCGAAUGCGUGGCUCCAGCAGCUCUGCAAAUGACCAAGGUUACUCACGAGUUUGGUGAUUCCGGGCGGUUCAAUGAGACGGCUUACACACUGGCCUUGCCUGUUGCAAAGCCAUUCCAUACCAUGCGAUCUGGAGCGCCGAAACUAAAUCGCCAGUGGUGUGCAUAUCUCCAAUAUGCUGGGGGACUUCCCAACUGUGACGACGUUAAUAGCAUUCUCAAACAGCUAUCUUGGCAUAACAUCGGGAGUAUGCCGGACACGCAUAUAGUUGAGGUCAACGCGCCAUCGGUGUCAACAUCAGUGACCCGAUGCCUUGUAGAGCUGCAUCCGACCCUGCAAUUGACUCUACAAUUGGCCGACUUAGGACCACAGAGCUCGCAGGAUAUUGGGUCAAAGGACCUUGAUUCUCAGGUUACUAUUAGCAGACGUACCCCCGGUGCUCGGCAAACCGCAACAGACGCAGCAGUCUACAUCCUUCACUUGCCUUUGACGUCGCCGAGUUCAGUACUUAGUGAGCUGCUGGUACAUCUUGAGGUUCUCCGUGAAAGAAGGGGUAUUAUGCUUAUCUGGACGGCACGCAUGCUCCCAGAGCCAGGAACACUUACUGAUCCUGAACUUGAAGCCACAGCUCGCUCUCGAGAUCUGGCGCUGCUUCACACCACUCCGCUUUUUGUAGCAUCAACGAAAGGACAUUUGGAGGUGGUCAAGGUGCUGCUCGAGAACGGGGCUAGCACUGCGACUGCAAAUAUCACUGGAGUCGCACCGCUACAUGUAGCAGCAAGGUUGGGACAUUUGGAGAUGAUCAAGCUGCUACUCGUGGAGGGAGCUGCCAUUGAGGCUGUAGAUGAUAAUGGAAGGAGUCCGCAAGUCGAAGCAUCAAGAAGAGGACAUGUAGAGGUGGCUGAGCUGCUAUACAAGAAGCGAGCUGACAUUGAGGCCGCAAGCAAGAAAAAAGGUGGCAGAGAGCUGGUACCGUACAGGGAGUACCAGUUUGUUACCACAAGAGUUGUUGGAAUAUCUUCGGCCGCUGCUGGCUGGUAG